AUGGGUGAUCCAGAUGAACUAACCCGAACCAGAUGCUCGUCUGAUGAAUUACAGAGGAAUUUUCCCUCGAUCGAUGCUGACCAUUUCAUUUCCAUGAAGUUCCUCUUUCUCCACGGCCCCAGAUGUAUCUUUCUCUCCUUGGCCGACUUCUUGGCCGCUUCACAAACCACACGAAUCACGGCAUUCAUGUGUUCGGCUUUUGCCAUCUUGAACUCGUCCUGGAACCCUAAUUCUACCACGAACUUCACGUGCUUGCUUCUUGAUUUCGUGCUCACGAGUACUUCAAUGCCAAUCAUCAUCCCCAAAACAAUCAUCACCUUCAAACCCAUCAUAAGAAAAUCCCAGCCAUUGAUGAUGAUCAUCAACACCUACGGCCGAGAUGCUUCUCGCCCGAUAAAAACCAGCAAGCAACCUCAUCAUUUGCUCAUCUCUCAUGGGCUUCAUCUUGUCCAGAAAAUAACUGCAAUUAUUGCCUGA